CAUAUUUGACAAUAAGAAAUUACUUUAACAAUGAAUUUAUGUAACUUUCGCCCUUAGCCGUGAGCGAACCAAGCAGCAUUCUUGAGAGAUGUGGGCUGCAGUUACGGUGUCCCCAAACACAAAAUUAUCCGUCCCCCGCAGCAUCUAUAAAAAUUACUUCUACAAAUGUAAGAAAAAUGGCACAAUUUCAGUCUUUGAUGUUUUUCAAUGCCAUUGCAAAAGGUCUUUAGAUCUUUCUGUGAGUUGUUCUUCUGCUAGCUCAGGAGCUCUAAAUGAUGAUAAUUUCCAACGAGAAAAUCAAGAAUUGAGUAAAAAUCAAGAAAACAAAGGAUUGUGGCAGAAAUGGAAGGAAAAUUCAGCAGAAAUGAGUUCGAAAUUGGCUAAAUUAGGGCUUGCUGCUGUUCUUGCUUAUGGCAUAUUUGAUGGUGUGACCUAUACUAGUUUCUUUGUGCUUGCGUUUCUCGGGUAUGAGAAAAGUACUGGCAAGAAUCCUGCAGCCAAUCUUCAAGCUCUAUUAGGGAUCGUAAUUUUGAUGUGGACUGGGAACAAUGUAACGAGACCAUUUCGAGUGGCAGGAGCAGCUGCGUUGGCACCUGCGAUUGACAAAGGAUUGAGGAGAAUCCAAAACUACUUCAACUUUCCGACUCUCGUCUAUGCUUUUGCGCUUGUGGUGGGCAUAGUUGCUGGAUCAUGCUCGACAGUUGUUGGGUUGCUUAUUCUCUCAAGAUGGGGGAAGUGAAUUCAGACGUGUUUGGAACUUCUAUAUGACAUUUUUCUUGCCGAUCUUUCAUUUUUUACUUUGCAGCAAUAAAUUGCUCUGUUAUGGUAGUUGGUGGUACUGUAGACUUGACUGUACUUAAAUUUGUUGUUAAACUUGGUCCACAGAAUUUGAUCUUGCGUUGUUGUGAUGUCAGAGGUUCGACUAUUUCUUCGUUA